UUAUUUUUUUUUUUUUUUGCAAAUAAUUUCAUAAUUUAUAAUGCCGUAUUUAGUUUCCAAUAGCCUACAUUUCUAGAUUGUUGAGAUUUGCACAGUUCAAAUAUCAUUCCAAAGUGAUCUGUAAAUCUGUUGUUUAUCUACAUGUACGUUGGGUGUUUUUCUUAGAUAUACAAUGUACAUAUUGUUCAAUCGGAAGCAUGCUGAAUACAUGAUAUAUGAAAUCUAUGAAUACUCUUUGGGAAAUUAUUUCCAUCACACAAAGUCCUUGUUCAUAAUUUUCCCAGGAUAUAUUCAACCAUCCUUGAGACAAAAAGCUUUAAUAAUUGUCUCUCAUAUACCAACACUUUUGUCAAUCCUUUCGUAAUAGAGCUGAUUAAAUCGUCACAUAAUAUGAUGCAGUUCAAAUUUAUAGCAUAUUUGUUAAUCAAAGUAAUUAGUUUCUUAGAAAGAUCACCCUUGUCUUUUCAAUUGUUAGAAUUAUAGAUAUUCACCAGUCACAAUCUUAUAACAUUGACUAGUGAUUUUCUUCCACCUGUCGAUCUAUGGUAAUUAAUAAGUUCAAAAGCUAUUCUUCCUGAUUAAAAUUGAUACACCUCUAAAAUAUACGGAUUCUGAAGAGCAAUGUAUUAUAUCCCCAAACCAUUGCAAAUUGUAUAACAAUUCUUGGUUUUAUUUUAACAAAAUGUGUUUCUUGUAAAAAAAAAAUAUAACACCAUAUUUCUCAUCCCUUUGCCAAUCAAAAAGAAUGACUUAAGUUUUAUUGUACGUAAACUUCUAACAUUUAUACACAUAAAGAGUAAAAAUUUAAAUACUCUUCACUGUUAUUGAUUUUUUGAUUUGUUUAAAAUGACAUUAUCACACUAAAAUGGCUGAAAUUUUAAUGCUUUUUUAUUUACGUGCACAUAAAGGAUUCUUUUUGCAUGCCCAUAAACUGGAAAAGCACCCCUUCCCAGCCCGGCCGUAUGAAUUCUACCAAGGUUAAAAUGACGAGAGUUUUCACGCCCGAAAGACUCGCUACCUUUAAAAAGUGCAUUCAUACACAUGUACUGAAAGUUGAUGAAAAUUUUAUAUAACUUCCAAAACCCGUGCAUAUGUCUUUAAUAUAUUUAAAAAGAUGUCCGUUAUAAGACUGAGCGUAUUUUGAAUGAAAGAUUAUGCACUGAACCUCGAUAUCAUCAAACAAUUACCUGAAGAUAUUUCCGCUAUAGAAAUUGAUGCGAGUGAUUAAUCGCAGCAUCUCGGGCAUUUCCGUUAGAGGUCGGAAAGCCCUGGUAUGUUGCUUUGCUUUGGUACACAAAUCUAUCAUUAAACAAAGCAUCCGGUUGCGUACAGGACUUUUGUUUACAACACGCUUAAAAAUCAAAAAGCUUUAAAUCGUAACCAUUUCUGCUCACCAUACAUUUAGAAUGGAAUGUUUGGAAAUCCAGAUCUGAUGGAAUUUAUAGACCAGCAUGGUUGGGAAUCGUUAUAAAGUUCGGGACGUCGACAGAGGCUGGGCGUGGGUUGUCCUAGGGGCCAGCUUCCUGUCCCUCCUUCUGAACGGAUGUUUGUUGUACGGAGUCGGAAUCACCCAUGUGGCUUUCCUGCGUUAUUACAAGGAAUCGGAUGCCUAUACUUCAUUUGUGGGAUCACUUUUCAGCAGCCUGCUGCAACUUGUUGGGCCGUUGUCAAGUUUCUUUAUCAAUGUUUUCAACUGCCGCCUCACAAUGAUUGUCGGAGGAACUCUCGUCUUCAUCGGAUGUUCAUCAACGUACUUCGCUCAUUCACUUGACGUAGCGCUUAUUACGUAUGGCAUCACUGCAGGAAUAGGCAAUGGAUUGGUUGCCACACCACCACUGGUAUCUGUGGGAUACUAUUUUAGGGAGAAGAGGGGAUUCGCUAUAGGAUUUGCAGUGGCGGGAGCGGGUACAGGAAUGUUCAUAAGCGGCCCCCUUUUCCAAUAUCUUAUAGAUUCCUAUGGACUUCAAGGAGCAAUGUUGAUAUUAGGUGCUAUUUUUGCCAAUCAGAUUGUGCUUGGAUGUUUAAUGAGACCUUCUGAAACAGAAAUUCAACAUAAAGCGCUAAGGAAAAAUGAUGAAAAGAGUAGUAUCAAUCUCAGAAAAAUUCUCCAUCUCGAUAUUUUCUGUGAUAAAAUGUUUCUGGUGAUUCUUCUGCAGUUCCUAAUCUGGAAUACUCCGUUUUCUAUGCUUAUGCUGCACCUGCCUAACUUCUCUGUUGUCAAUGGUUCAACGGAACAGCAGGCUGCCUUUCUGAUUUUCUUGGUUGGCAUUACAGGAACGAUUGGGCGUGUUCUCACUGGAAUGGCAGUAAGUCCACACGCGAUUGACCCCGUGUUGAUGAAUAUGGGUAUUACGGGUAUUUCAGGUAUAAUAUGUGGACUAUUUCCGAUGUAUUCUUCCACGUAUACCGGACAGUGUGUGUUUGCCUCUCUUUUUGGUAUAUAUAGUGGCGCUUUAACAACCAUGGUUACACCACUAAGUGUUGAAUUGCUGGGAUUGGAGAAAUUGUCAUCUGCUGUUGGAAUUAUGUAUUGUAUAGGGGGCAUCGGUUAUAUUAUUGGACCAACAUUUGCAGGCAUUCUCAUCGACAGUGGUGGAAAAUACGAAACAACGUUUUAUAUAUCAGGUGUGCUUCUGAUGAUUGCAUCUCUUUUGACAUUGAUAUCAACAUGUUGGAGGAAAGACUAUGGAUCUCAGAUGGUCGACCAAUAUGAAAUACAGCCUGUAAACCAAUCCAUCAAGAAUUCAGCGUUUCUUCGUCAAUCUGGACUUUUAGCCGGAUCCAUGGUAAUUCAGACAGACGAGAAAUUAGGCAGUGCGUCUGCAUUAUCUAUGAAACGCCCUCACAUGCAGGGAUUAAAUCAAGAUGGAGUAUGUGAGAGUGACGAAAGCCUGUUUAGAAAAGUUAUUGUUCGGAAAUUACAGCCAGACAUUGAUGGAUGUAAUCCUCAAAGCGUUUUGCUAAAAGUUCAACCUUCUGAUCCGGAUAGAGACGAUACCCAUACUGAAACUGCCAUAAACCAUGACAUCGAAUAAUCAAAUAUUGAAAAUUUAUAUUAUAUUAUAUACAUUUAUAUACAUUUUA